CCAAUUUGAGCCCAAAGAGAAAGAAAACCUUCCCGAUUCAGCCAAGAGAGAAAGGCAGAGUGAGACCAGAGAGAGCGAAAGACCCAUCGCACCAAACCAUCACUCAACUCGACUCACUAACUUGCCUUGAACCUUCCAACCAACUCGAACCUCUUUCUCCACAACCAUCAAUUCUCCCCCUCGACGGAUCCUCUCCACUCCAUACCUUCUACCAUACAAAAAAAAAACACACAAAAUGUCGUUUUUCCGCCUGGCCGCCCGCAAGACGCCCGUCUCUUUCAUCCGCGCCCAGCCGCGACUCGCUGUUGCUGCUCGCCCUGUCCAGGUCUGCAGCAACUUCAGCACCACCUCGAUCCGCCGCGCCGAGGACCACCACGAGGAGAGCUUCGAGGAGUUCACUGCCAGAUACGAGAAGGAGUUUGAUUCUGUGCAGGAUGUUUUCGAGCUUCAGCGUAACCUGAACAACGCUUUCGCCUACGACUUGGUUCCCUCUCCUUCGGUCAUCAGCGCCGCCCUCCGCGCUGCCCGCCGUGUCAACGACUUCCCCACCGCCGUCAGAAUCUUCGAGGGUAUCAAGUCCAAGGUCGAGAACAAGGGCCAGUACGAGGAGUACCUGAGCGACCUGCAACCCCUCCGUGAGGAGCUCGGCGUCAACCUCAAGGAGGACCUCUACCCCGAGUCGCAAUAGAUUCUUAAUGGCUAAACGGGAGUGCAUGAUGGGAUAGAGAGGGAAGAGAGGCAAGGACAAGAAGACGGACAGUUGCGACGAUCUAAGACUUUUUGUUGCCGAAUUCAAAAAGCGAUUCCUGUCAAAUAAUUCAGUCGGUGUCUUGAUGUAAUCCGUCCGGUCGGGAGAAGAGCGUGACAGCUAGAAUCUGGCGAGCAUGUAUCUUGUGUGCUUGAAAGAGAGAGAGGGAGGUCGUCGUUGUACCCCUUUAGGGACAGUGGCCUUGUGUAGACUAUCGUCUAUUGUAUAGUGUCUUAUAUCUAAACUUUUGUUACCUUAGUUCUCAGUUCUUUUAUUCCCAUUCUUUGUCGAACCUUUAUUCCCAUAUAUCACGUAGGUC